GAUGGCGUCCGCUACCGACUCCCGCUACGGGCAGAAGGAAUCCUCGGACCAAAAUUUCGAUUAUAUGUUCAAAAUCCUCAUCAUCGGCAACAGCAGCGUGGGGAAAACCUCCUUCCUGUUCCGCUACGCCGACGACUCCUUCACCCCGGCCUUUGUCAGCACCGUCGGCAUCGACUUCAAGGUCAAGACCAUCUACCGCAACGACAAGCGCAUCAAGCUGCAGAUUUGGGACACGGCUGGACAGGAGCGAUACCGCACCAUCACCACUGCUUACUACCGCGGUGCCAUGGGCUUCAUCCUGAUGUACGAUAUCACCAACGAGGAGUCCUUCAACGCUGUGCAGGACUGGUCCACCCAGAUCAAGACCUACUCCUGGGACAAUGCCCAGGUCCUGUUGGUGGGUAACAAGUGCGACAUGGAAGACGAGCGCGUGGUCUCCUCAGAGAAGGGCCGCCAGCUCGCUGAGCACCUGG